GAGAAACUGGAGCUCAGAGUUCACAUUCAGACGGAUCCUGCGGUGGUCACUUAGUUAGUCAGUUAGUACGCUUAGCUGCAGCUCAGACCCACUAACCAGCUGGUUUAACUCUAACAGGAGACCCACUAACCAGUCGGUUAACUCUCCCAGCGAGCCUCUAACCGACCAGUCGACUGUCAGAGCUGAUGCUGAGGGCUUCGGCCGGCUGCUGCUGGAGACAUGAAGCUUCCUUCAGUCCAGAUCCUGCUGCUGUGGAUUCUCUCUGUUGGUUCUGGUCCAGUGCUGGGCUCAGAUGAUGAGACCCGGCUGGUGAAGAACCUGUUCACUGGAUACAACAAAGUGGUCCGACCCGUGAACCACUUCAGCGAAGCCGUGGUGGUGACGGUCGGCCUGCAGCUCAUCCAGCUCAUCAGCGUGGAUGAAGUGAACCAGAUCGUGACCAGUAACGUCCGUCUCAGACAGCAAUGGAUCGAUGUGAACCUGAAGUGGAACCCAGACGAGUACGGAGGAAUCAGGAAGAUCCGAAUCCCUUCGACAGAUAUAUGGAAGCCUGACCUGGUGCUUUACAACAACGCUGACGGAGACUUUGCCAUCAUCCAUGAAACCAAAGUUCUGCUGGAACACAACGGGAUGAUAACGUGGAACCCUCCGGCCAUCUUCAAGAGCUACUGCGAGAUCAUCGUCCUCCACUUCCCCUUCGACCUGCAGAACUGCAGCAUGAAGCUGGGAACGUGGACGUACGACGGCCUGCUGGUGGCCAUCAACCCGGACAACGACCGGCCGGACCUCAGUAACUUCAUGGAGUCGGGGGAGUGGGUUCUGAAGGACUACCGGAGCUGGAAGCACUGGGUCUACUACACGUGCUGCCCCGACACGCCCUACCUGGACAUCACCUACCACUUCCUGAUGCUGCGCCUGCCGCUCUACUUCAUCGUCAACGUCAUCAUCCCCUGCAUGCUCUUCUCCUUCCUGACCGGCCUCGUCUUCUACCUGCCCACCGACUCCGGUGAGAAGAUGACUCUGUCCAUCUCCGUCCUGCUGUCGCUCACCGUCUUCCUGCUGGUCAUCGUGGAGCUCAUCCCCUCCACCUCCAGCGCCGUGCCCCUCAUCGGGAAGUACAUGCUCUUCACUAUGGUCUUCGUCAUCGCCUCCAUCAUCAUCACCGUCAUCGUCAUCAACACGCACCACCGCUCGCCCAGCACCCACACCAUGCCCGCCUGGAUACGCAAGGUCUUCAUCGAAACCAUCCCCAACAUGAUGUUCUUCUCCACCAUGAAGCGUCCCAGUCAGGAGAUCCGCCAGAAGAGGCUCUACCCCACCGACAUGGACAUCUCCGACAUCUCAGGUAACCCGACACCCACCAGCGUCACCUACCAGUCGCCCAUAGCCAAGAACCCGGACGUCCGCAGCGCCAUCGAAGGAGUGAAGUACAUCGCCGAGACCAUGAAGUCAGACGAGGAGUCGAACAACGCGGCGGAGGAGUGGAAGUUCGUUGCCAUGGUGUUGGAUCACAUCCUCCUCUGCGUGUUCAUGGCGGUUUGCAUCAUCGGGACGCUCGCCGUCUUCGCCGGGAGACUCAUCGAGCUCAACAUGCUGUAGAGACCUGAACCUGAAGGCUGCUGAUCGGAGCGUUCAUCAGUGGACUGGUCCAGGUCGUCCCGGACUGACGAAGGCUGCGCUGAGGUUUAAAGCUGCAAAGUGCUUCCACUCGUGUCGCCUCGGAGUUUGUGAGUUUGUGUAUUUGCUGAAAUUGCAGUAAAAAGAAAACUGAAGGCGUCUGAGAGACACGACGAGGUACGAGUCAUACUUGAAGCUAUUCUUGUCACAAACUCUUUUUCUAUUGUUGUUUUUCUACAGUUUGUGAUGCUGCGUGUCUCAUAUUACUCUGAUUGUUCUGUCGUUUUUUGGCAGCUUGAUGUGAGGUUUGGGUCACAGAUUCUCCUUAACGUUGGAUGUUGUCUCUGUCUUUGAGUGCAGGCGAGAUAUUUUCCUUCCAGGAAGUUUGAUUGAUUGGUUUCGCCUGACGCUCCUUUGUUUUAUUUAAAGUCUUUUCUACUUUGAAUGAUAUUCACGGGAGGUUUGCUUGGGGUGAUUUUCGACUACAGUGAAGGUUUGUGGUGGAAAUUAAUGGAAAUGAUUUGCUGCUUAUUAAAGGAGAACUCUGAAAAUCCCAAAACGGCACACGAGGUUUGCUGAGUUAGUGCUCAACGUUGAAGUAAUGAAGCUGCUUCCAGAA